GCCCUGGAGCUGGGGAGCGAGGCCAGGGCCCCAGCCAUGGCUCCCAGGACGGUGCUGAUCACCGGCUGCUCCUCCGGCAUCGGGCUGGCGCUGGCCGUGCGCCUGGCACGGGACAAGCAGCGCCGCUUCCGAGUCAUCGCCACGGUGAGGAACGUGUCUCGGAGCGGGGCUCUGGUGGCGGCGGCGGGGCCAGCGCUGGGCAGGACGCUGGAGAUCAAGCAGCUGGACGUGUGCGACGAGGGCUCCAUCCGCGCCUGCCUCGACAGCAUCCCCGGGCGCCACGUCGAUGUCCUGGUCAGCAACGCCGGCGUGGGGAUGAUCGGACCCCUGGAGUGCCAGAGCCUGGCCGCCAUGCAGGGCCUGAUGGACACCAACUUCUUCGGCCUCGUCCGCCUGGUGAAGGAGGUGCUGCCCGACAUGAAGCGGCGCCGCAGCGGCCACAUCGUGGUCAUCAGCAGCGUCAUGGGGCUGCAGGGCAUCGUCUUCAACGACGUCUACGCUGCCUCCAAGUUCGCCGUGGAGGGCUUCUGCGAGAGCCUGGUGGUGCAGGCGCUGCGCUUCAAUGUGGCCAUCAGCCUGGUGGAGCCGGGGCCGGUGACGACGGAGUUUGAGGCCAAAGUGUACGAGGAGGCUGAGCGCGCAGACUACUCGCAGACUGACCCCGAGACUGCCGAGAUCUUCACCAAGCUCUACCUGAGGAACUCCAGGGACGUCUUCGCCAGCCUGGGGCAGAGCCCCGAGGACAUCGCGGAGCACACGCUGCGGGUGAUCGAGGCGGCCCGGCCACUCCGGCACCAGACCAACGCUGCGUACACGCCGAUGGCCGCGCUGAAACACGCCGACCCCAGCGGUGCCCUGAUGACCGACGCCUUCUACAAACUGGUCUUCAAGUACGACGCCGUGCUGCGGCUCGGCCUCCGCGCCAUCCGCCUGCUGCGCUGGAAAGCCCAGAAGGUGCAGGCGGGCGCCCGGCUGCUGGGCUUCAAAUAACGCCUGCGGGCCCCCAGGGGUGGUCCGGGAGGUGUCCGGGGUGGCGGGGUGGGGGGG